AUGGCUCCCGCACAACCCGAACUCAAGAAGUACCUCGAUAAGAGACUGUUCGUCCAACUGAAUGGAAGCCGUAAAGUCCUCGGCAUUCUUCGCGGCUACGAUGUCUUCCUGAAUAUUGUUCUAGACGAUGCUGUAGAAGAGAAGGACGGAGGCGAGAAGAUCAGAUUAGGGAUGGUCGUCAUUCGAGGCAACUCCGUGGUCAUGUUAGAAGCACUAGAGAGAAUCGGUGGGGAUCGCGAUAAAUGA